AAUUACAUCUUGGACAAUCUUGAGACUAAACCCAGAAGGAAAUAAAGAAAUGGGAGAAACAGAAUCAAAACCUGUACAACCUGCAGCAUCAACGUAUGACCCACGUGAGAAGCUCUGUUUUACAAGGGGGGCCUUGUUUAGUGACGUGAUGACCGGGAUAGAGAGACACGGUAAAGACGAAUUUGAAAAACCAUGGAGGAACUUUAAUUGGAAUCAGAAAUCAGAACUGAAAAAGCAUCUAGAAGAAUUCAGUCUGAGUAAUCCAGAUGUGCAGCACAUCAAGAUUCUGGUUGCUGGACCAAUAGGAACAGGAAAGUCCAGCUUCAUCAACUCGGUCAAUAACGUCUUUCAAGGACGGAUCACCGCUGACGCGCCAGUUAAUUCAUCUUCUGGCGAUGGUAGAAGUUUCACUACUACACUGAAAGGACAUUACAUCAGUCGUGGAAAAAUCCCGUUAGUCUUUGUUGAUAUAAUGGGUUUAGAACCUGAUACAAUGGCCGGGUCACAACCAGAGGACAUCAUCAAGGCUGUAUUUGGCCAUGUGAAGGACGGAUAUAAAUUUGAUGAGUCAAAGCCACUCUCUCAUAAGGAUCAACAUUAUACCGAUGACCCCAGUCUCUCUGACCAGGCUUUCUGUCUGGUUUACGCCAUACCUGCUAAUACAGUCAACAUGACAGAUGACAAACUCAUUGACAAGUUGAAGAUCAUCCGUCACAGAAUCAGUGAAAAGAGGAUUCCUCAAGUGAUUGUUAUGACCAAAGUGGAUGAAGCAUGUCCACUGGUGAAAGAAGAUCUAAAGAAGAUGUACUACAGCAAGAAGAUCAAAGAAAAGAUGCAGGUAUGCCAUGACAAACUGGGUGUGCCGAUGUGCAACAUCUUCCCAGUGAAGAACUAUCAUGAUGAGAUCGACACUGAUGAUGAUGUUGAUGUUCUGAUUCUGAAAGCUCUGGAUCAGAUCGUCCGGCUUGCUGAUGAUAGAUUGUUUAAUAGCAGUGAUACGGUGUAA